GUAAUUUUUAUAAUGGGUUAUUAAAAGCCUAGCAGUAUAAUAUAACAGCAAUUAAAUCUGUCUAACAUUAACCAUAAUGAUACAAAACGAGUCGACAUGGCGGAAAAGCGGCGAGUGGAAAUCACGAUACUCCCAACUGUACUCCCGCCGCCUCACCAUCCCGAAAGAGGAAGACCACCGGCGUUGCAUUUCAUUUAUGGAGAACGACACCCCGUACAACGAUCUGCUGAUGAAGCUUCGCAGCAGUCGGCCGAGUACCUCCAGCCCGACCGAGCUUGACGUCAGCUCAGUCAACUCCAGCAACGGGAUCCAAAUCCAAACCAUACUGUCGCAGCAGAGCGAGAUGUACCCCAGCUGCUGCUCGCCUAAUACCACUCACAGAACGAGUAGUCUGGGACAACACGACACGUUGUUGCUGGAUAUGGUGCGCGAGCGCAAUCGCGAGCUGCAGGAGGCGCAGGACCAGCCGCUGGAGCUUCCCGGCGACGACGCUUCUGAAGACUUGUCCAUUGAGCCCUGUAUGCACGGGAUGAGCCACCGCUUCACUGAGCGGAGCGUGUCCCGCUCUCGAUUCUCUCGCAUCUCGACGAAACGCGACAUGGACAUACCCUCGAUACUGGCCUAUAACAUAAGCGACACCCCACCGACAAAGUUACCGCUCGGAAUUCCAGCGUUCCAGCAGAAGGAAUCCUUGUCGAAAUGUAAUGAGAUUCCCAGAUGGUCCAUACGCCGAUCCGUGUGCCCAGUCUGCUCGCAAAAAUGGAAGGACCGCAGCUUUGUAAACAAAAUUAAAAACUCAGGCUUAAAAAGAAACCUUUUACAAGACAUGCCUUCUGUAAUAGCACCAGCACGCUUAAGAUCGGCAGCGAGAGAUAAGACUCUCCGGCCAGUCCCCAUGGACGUGGAAGAGAACCCCGUCUCUCCCGGACUACGCAGCCGCAGCGCCACCUGGCAGUUGAUCCGCGCGCGACGUAUUCGCAUGCCCAAGCCGCAACUACCGUCGCCAGAGGCGCCGCCCUGCGGCACAGCGCCAAACGAGCAAAAAGAUUUAAACAUGCGCGUCAACAAUUUUUUAUUAACCUAGAUAUAAAUAUUUAACCGUUAUAAAUUGAACAGAUAACAAUUAA